UGAUAAAUAUAGUUAUCGAAGUGAUAGGAUGUACUUAGUUGGGCAUAGUAUUGGAGCGUUCUUAUCUGCACAACUUGUAUUCAUUCCUGAAUAUCUCAUUAACGCAGCAAGUUCUUAUUUGAAAAAUACUGAAAGAAUUGAAGAAUUGUUUAAUUCAAUUCGUGGAGUUGUCGGUAUUGAAGGAGUUUAUGAUAUACCAUCGUUAGUAGAAAGUUGGCCUGAUUAUAAAAGUAAAAAAUAUAUUGAACCAGCGUAUGGUACAGAUCCAGAAGUUUACAAAUCAGCGUCUCCAGAAUAUCAUUCUAUCAAAGAUGCAAUUACUAUACCCUCUUUUUUGAUUAUUCAUUCUUUUGAAGAUGAAGAUGUUGAUAUUGGCCAGGCUUACAAUUUUUAUGAAUAUGUUAAACAAGGUUGUGAAAGUUGUGUGGAAAUUGAAACUGGAAUAAAGGGAACUCACAAUAGCAUUUUGAAAGAAAAGGAACUUGAGCUGAGAGUUGAGGAAUUUAUUUUGUUACAAGAAGCAAAAUUAACCUAUUCAACAUAA